GAAGCCAGGCAUAGACCCAACCUUUCCAUCGCCCUGUUACCUAGCUUGCUACCACCUUGUUUGCUCCAGAUAAACUUGUUACCUAACAACCACCAGGCGGCCAUCUAAGUAGCUCAGCAGCUUUGAGACAGGUCCACAACUCCAUCUAUCGUGCUGAGUGCCAACGACUCAAGGUGCAGUAGUGCAGUACUUCACUUUGCCAUAGCCCCCAACACGGGAGCACCAUAGAUCUCCAUCAAUUUCCAACUCUAACAGGCCUGUCAUCACCACCGUGGGUCGAGCGCCCACUGCAUCGUCAGGAUGGGCCUCGCCUACAACGUCUACCUCAACUCCAAGCGUAUCUACGGCUGCAAGACCUGCAAGACUCAUCUCGCGGACCAUGACGAGAUCAUCAGUCGGAACUUCCGUGGCCAACAUGGCAAGGCAUACCUUUUCAACAGCGUCGUCAACAUUCAGCAGGGCGAAGCCGGUGAGCGCAACAUGACCACCGGCCGACACGUUGUGCGGGAUAUCUGCUGUCGGCAAUGCAAGGAGGUUGUUGGGUGGAAGUACGAUCGCGCGUACGAGAGCACGGAGAAGUACAAAGAAGGGAAGUAUAUUCUAGAGCAGGAGUUGCUGUGUCAGGUCAACUGAAGCCGCAGCGUGGUGGCUACCAUAUAAAUGCACGAAUGGCGGGCGGCGCAGACACUUUGGAAGCCGGUAUAUGAUUUGUAUGGGAAAGCGGCGGCGUUUUGGGAUAUUACAAGAAGGAGAAUGUGUGGGAACGUCGUUAUAGGUCGAACAACAGCACAUGCCGAGAAGAAUCUAUACCAGUUACGGGACCGGGCCAAGAUGAAUGCUUUGGACGACACUACAAUCACCCACGAGUGCUACACCCACAUGUAACUCUUGUCAGUGCUUUGACACACCAACAAGCCGGAGAUUUGACGACUUUGGAUGACGCUCAUGGGCCGGA